AUGGGGUCUCCAGAGGUCUUGGAGCUUGAGAAAGUGGCUCACACACCACCUUCGGCGGUCGCCGAUAACCGCGACACUGUUGCUGAGGAGAACAUUGCCAUUCCACCGACCGGUCAACCGGCGACAGGUUCCCACUCGCAAGUGUACAUUUUUAAGCGUCUGCGGAGGCCUAUGGCUCCUCCAACCAAAUGGAGGCGCGUGUACAUUGUCGUUGGACUCUGCCUCUCAAUGAUUCUGUGUGGCUGGACGGAAGGCUCGGUCGGCCCCCUCAUUCCCUCCCUCCAGAAGCACUACAACAUCAACUAUCUUAAGAUGUCUCUUAUUUACCUCACCGGGUUUGUGGGUUCCAUGUUUUCCGGUUUCCUCAACGUCUGGAUCACGGACCGCCUCGGCUUUGGCUUGUCUACCACAUUUGGGGCAAUCUGCUCGGCGAUCGGCUACAUUUUCAUGGCCACGGGAGCCAAUUACGCCGUGUGGCUCGUGGCGUUCAUCUUCACCGGCUUCGGUCUAGGACUUCAGGAUGCGCAGGUCAACAACCUCACAUCUCGUCUUCCUAACGCCAGCAACACAAUGCAGCUGGUCCAGGCUUGUUUCUCACUUGGCGGCACGAUCGCUCCACUCGCUUCGACAGCUUUCGCCGAGCACGUGGAGGAAAAGUCGUACCUCUACUUCUGGGUCGCGACCGGCGUGGCUGUUUUCUCGGCGGUCGUCAUGUUCGUGUGUUUCGACAUGCGCACAGAAGAACAAAUCGAUGGUACCAACAACCACCUCACCCAAACUAUCAUUGAGCCUGCAGGAGCGGUCGUCCCCAAUGUUACCAAGGCGGAACAGGUUACCAACGACGAAGCCAGCGCUCCCACGGCACAGGCUUCGAGCGGUGCCAAGAUGAAGCUCAUCUUUUCCACUCCUGCUGUCUAUGCGCUUCUCGGCUUCAGCUUCAUCUACAUUGGUGUGGAAGUCGCCAUUAGUUCGUGGGCGCCAACCUUUUUGGUGCGCGAACGCGGCGGUAGCGCCAAGGUGGGCUACGUCACGACUGGUUUCUGGGGUGGCAUGACUGUCGGCCGCAUCGUGUUGAUCCCGGUCACCAACAAGCUCGGCUAUCAAAGGUCAAUCUACCUUUACUCGCUGCUUUCUCUGGUCUUCGAGCUCAUCAUCUGGUUCACGCACAAUGUUGUCGGGAACGCAAUCUGUUACGCCCUUAUUGGAGCGUUCCUGGGUCCGGUCUACCCUAUCGGACUGAUGGUGGUGUCCGAAGUGCUCGACGACAGCAUUCGCGCCGGCGUCAUGGGCCUGAUGGGUGCCAUGGGCGGCGCUGGUGCAGCGGCAGUGCCCUUUAUCGCUGGCGCGAUCGCCGACGCCAAGGGCAUUUGGGUUGUGCACCCUAUCGCUGUCGCCAUGAUUGCUGGCUACACUGCGUUGUGGGCCCUCGUGCCAACGAAGAAAAAGGUUGCCAAGGCUGUCGAGCCCGGGACUACACCUGCAGAGACGGUUGAGGGGAGCGAGGCUUCGUCGUAG